AUGGCCUCCAACAGCAUCUUCGACUCCUUCCCCAACUACACACCGACCUUCAUACGAGACCCGAGCACCAGCCGCCGCUUCACUCCCCCCUCCACGGCCUUCCCCUGCGGCGGCGGUAAGAUGGGCGAGAACAGCGGCGCGCUGAGCGCGCAGGCUGCCGCGGGCCCCGGCGGCCGCACCCGGCCCGAGGUGCGCUCGAUGGUGGACGUGCUGGCCGACCACGCGGGAGAGCUUGUGCGCACCGACAGCCCCAACUUCCUCUGCUCCGUUCUGCCUUCGCACUGGCGCUGCAACAAGACUCUGCCGGUCGCCUUCAAGGUGGUGGCACUGGGGGACGUGCCUGAUGGGACGGUGGUGACAGUGAUGGCGGGCAAUGAUGAGAAUUACUCCGCUGAGCUGCGCAAUGCUUCCGCCGUCAUGAAGAACCAAGUGGCCAGAUUCAACGACCUUCGCUUCGUGGGCCGGAGUGGGCGAGGGAAAAGUUUCACGCUCACAAUUACCGUGUUCACCAACCCUACCCAAGUGGCCACCUACCACCGAGCCAUCAAGGUCACCGUGGAUGGACCCCGGGAGCCCCGACGGCACCGGCAGAAGAUAGAAGAUCAGACCAAGGCCUUCCCCGACCGCUUCGGAGACCUGCGCAUGCGUGUAACGCCCAGCACCCCCAGCCCCCGGAGCUCACUCAGCACCACGAGCCAUUUCAGCAGUCAAGCCCAGACCCCAAUCCAAGGCUCCUCAGACCUGAACCCCUUCUCGGACCCACGCCAGUUUGACCGCUCAUUCUCUACGCUGCAAAGCCUCACGGAGAGCCGCUUCCCGGAUCCCAGGAUGCACUACCCCGGCGCCAUGUCUGCCGCCUUCCCCUACAGCGCCACGCCGUCGGGCACCAGCCUGGGCAGCCUGAGCGUGGCGGGCAUGCCGGCCAGCAGCCGCUUCCACCACACCUACCUCCCGCCGCCCUACCCCGGGGCCCCGCAGAGCCAGAGCGGGCCCUUCCAGGCCAACCCCGCGCCCUACCACCUCUUCUACGGCGCCUCCUCCGGCUCCUACCAGUUCUCCAUGGCGGCUGCGGGCGGUGGCGAGCGCUCGCCCACCCGCAUGCUGACCUCCUGCCCCAGCGGCGCCUCGGUGUCCGCGGGCAACCUCAUGAACCCCAGCCUGGGCCAGGCUGAUGGCGUGGAGGCCGAUGGCAGCCACAGCAACUCGCCCACGGCCCUGAGCACGCCGGGCCGUAUAGACGAGGCCGUGUGGCGGCCCUACUGAGCACCCUGGGGACUCGCGGGCCACCCGGAGCGGCCCUCCAGCUUCAGGCUACAGGAAGAAACAGACUUUGGCCUGGUCCCAGGGGCCAGAGCUAUGAAUGGCUCCCAGAGCUCUGUCCAGCAACAAGUUUGAACAGAGAAUGUGGGGACAUCCCCCAGGACACUGCCCCAACCCAGACCCAUCUCUUUUGUCUGCAGCCAUGCCUAGGAUUAUCUCCUGAGUCAGAGGCUACCCCUGCCCAUGUGGAAGGAAGCCUUUGCUGGCAAGAGAAGCCCAGGCUCGGAGAUAUCCAAACUUCCUCUCUCUCACCCUUCACCCGGGGACCAACCCUCACUCUGCAUCCGUACCCAUCAAGUCAACUGGAAACCCCAACCCCUGAGAUGAAGGACCCAGGACACACCCCCACAAUCCCAGUCUUGACUUCCUCCAUUACCCUAGGCAAGCGAUCCUUGGCCAGUUCUAGCUUCCCCAAAGAUAUCAGGCUCCAGAGCAGACCCAUCCCUGGUGACAGGUCCCUAAAGUGAGGAUGGCCUCAACACCUCCAAGCACAUUCCAGCCUGAAGGGACAGCGUGGUUCUCAGGGGCAGAGAGGUCGGAGCAGAAAGGCUUACCAUGGGAAGCAAUGGGAUGACCAGCAUCCCUGCUCAGUAGGCUCCCUCGGUCCAGCCAAACUGUGUCCCAGGCCUUAACUCCCAACCCGCAGCCCUGCUCCCUACAUGUUUAUACCUAGAAGA